CAGCUGAUUGUCAACACUUGUAACAGCUGGAAGAAUUAAGCAACUUGGUGCUAAGAAUAUUGCCGAGAUGUCGUUCAUCAGCAAAAUUGGUGCACAUUUUUAUAAAAGCAGCUUACGUCUGUUGACUGCCGCUUCCAAUGUGCACACUCCCGCUGUCAACUCAAAUAGCCGCACAUAUCACAUAAUGGCCAACGGUAGGGCAUUGGCAGCAAGCGGGCCAAUUGCAGUCACUAGCAAUAUUACAGCUACAAAUACUAGCGUUGAAAAUGGAAUUCAGCGUCUGCUCACACCAUUCAAUUCACUUUUAACGCAAGUGGCAGGUUUUAAGGUUAAGGGACGUCUGCGAAGGCGCUGCAAAGAUUGUUACUUUGUGGUGCGACAAGAGCGUCUUUAUGUCAUUUGUCCAACACACCCGCGUCAUAAGCAAAUGGCUAUGAAGAAACGUGAGAAGAAUACAUGGAUACUAACGCAUGCCACACAAUCGAAAGUGAGACCAUACUGAGUUCUUUAGUUGAGAGAAAAUUGCUACAAAAGUGCAUUGUUAUGUGUUAUUUAGAAAAACGCAUUAGUAAAUAAAUUAAAAAAGUCCAAAAGUA